CACAAGCGUUCAGAAUCCGUGAGUGAGUCGCGAUCAGUGCGCGUGCGCGUAGCGAUAUACGAAAACGAACGACUCUCGCGACAGUAGUGACUGUUACAUGGCAAAAGUUUUAUAUUUAUUUGUGUUAUUGUUUAAGAAUAUUUAAUCAUUAUUAUUUUAGAAUCUCAUUAGUAAUAUUAAGGUGAUACAAAAUGACGAUAAAAAAUAAAAAGACUAAGACGAGUAGUUCUGAAGUGACAAGUAAGAGUGGUUCGAGUAGUGUGCAGCAAACCAGCACGUCCACCUCAGUUCAGAAGAGCAGCAGCAGCUCGCAGAAGGUCAGCUCGUCCGGCAAAAAGGUCAGAUACAUAGAUGUGAAGGUCGAAGAGGAUGACCCGCUCAUGAUAACAGAUGUAACUGAUCAUGCAUCCAUAAGUGGCUCUACAAUAUCCGAACAUUACAAUAGCCACCCGCACUAUAUUAUCACGGAAGCUCCGUCUAUUCCAGACCUGUCUCAGAUAAGGUCAUCUUCUCAAGAACAUAAUGUGAGCGACAUGGCUCAGUCAAAAACUGGAGAGUUUAUGUCAAGUUCUGUUUUACAAGAGUCUUCUUCUUCAUCACAACAUCAAUCAUCAAAGAGUGAGACAUUCCAAUCUUCUUCAACAUCAGUCCAACAUUCCAGUUCUAAUCAAAGUCAAAAUUUUGACAGAACAAUGGAUUCUAAUGUGGCUAAUCAAACUAUGAAUACAGCGUUUGUAGAUAAUUCGUUGAAUGCAUCCCAUCCUCAUUCACAUUCGUCUAGAUCUCAAAAUGUGAAUGCCACGAAUUCUUUCUUACAGUCUGAGCGGCAAAAUUUAAUAAAUCAACAGUCUGGCCAUACUUCUGAUUCUAAAUCUCAAUAUGUUGAACAAAUACAUGAUAAUAUUCGCGAGAGGGGACACAAUAGCAAUAUAUCUGAUAAUUCCAAGAGAAUGAACACGAUAAAAUCUGAUACUUCGAACUUUUACGGGGGAGAAGGAAGUCUUGAUAGUAAAUCUAAUACGCAACAGUUCAGUAGUACUUCACACUCCAGUCAAUCUAAGAGUAGUAGCGUUGCGAAGUCAUCGUCAUCAUCGUAUGUUGUAGAAGUUGUUGAUGGCAAAGAACGUAUAGUCGACAGGUCAAACAGAGAGUGGGGUGACGCAAAGGAACAUGCAACAAGUGAAGAACAUGCAAGCGUUAGUGGAACAAACAUCAAACCACAAUCCGUACACAGUGUACAAAAUUACGACAUGAAGUCAAAUUAUGAUACAGGUAAAGAUGGUGCUAAACCAACACACCAAAUGACAAUUAAGGAAGACUCAAAAUUUAUUAAAGAUGGUAAUCAAAUAACUAGCCACGAGAGUAUGAUUUCUGAGAAAGACAAUACCAUUCAGCAACAAUAUUCAAAUACUCAAGAACGUAUUGCUUUAGAUAAUCGUUCACAGCAAACUAACGCAUCUGAUAGUGUCUAUACUUCUAACAAACGAAAUUUUGAUGUAAAUAAUCAAACACAUUCUAGUGACACACAAACUAAUGUAAAUAAAAAAGACAUUCAACAUCACGACCUUUCAACCAUAAAUGAAACGAACAGGGAACUGCAUACAAGUGAUUCCACUCAAAGAAGUACAGCAAGUAAUAUAAGUGAAACAUAUAGUAGUCAGAGGGAUAAUCAACAACAUAAUACGAUUAGAGCUAAUGAAAUUACGAGAAGACGGGAUAUAAACCAAACAGAUGCAUCAAAUUUUUAUGGUUAUGACUCGACAAUACAGAACCAGCUGAGACGGGUUGGAGACAUAUUACAGGUUCCAAAUACGGAAAACAUAAAUUAUUCCACAAAAAUUUUGAAGAGUAACACUAGUAGUGCCCAACAAGCUACUACUUCAUCAUAUGUAUUUGAAGUUGUUGAUGGAAAGCAAAGAGUGGUAGAUAGUUCUCAUAGGGAAUGGGGUGAUAACAAGGAACAUGGCACGUAUGAAAAAAGUCAUAAUAUUAGUGGCACCGGGAUUAAACCGGAACAUGAAUACACGAGACAUGUUUUGGAUAAGGAGUCCUAUUAUGAUACGGGUAAAAAUGGUAUUCCCAAAAGUGCAACACAGGUAUCUGAAGAAUCAGUAUUGUAUAAAAAUGGUGUUGAAAUUGCAGCCACAAGUAAUAAAUAUGGGACAGAUAUGACACGAAAACCGGCAAUUACUGAAAGUACAAUACAAGAAGAUAAUCAAAAAAUUCAAUAUAUCAAUGAAGAUAUAACAAACAAACAAACUAGCAACGUUCACUCACGUACUCAUGACUCUGAAGAUAUAAGUAAAACAACAACUGAGUAUAUUACUAAAGAAACUCAAGACUCUUCACACAAAACGGAAAAUAUUUCAAAAACCAAUAGGGACACGAAGGAUACAUUAACCACCUAUGAAAGGAGUACCGGAACCUGGAAUGGAAAAUUCACUUACGAGAAUGAUGAUGACAGACCUAAAAGGCCAAAACAAAUGUCACCAUUUGGAGGUCCAGAGAAACCUCGCCAUCACUUAAAGCGCCAAGAUACAGAGGAAAAUAUUAUACUGUCAUCAAAAGACAUCAAAGACUUUACAUCUAUAAGUGAUUUAAGAAAAAUAAUUGAAAAAUCACAAUAUAACAAGGACGUAACUGUUAGUAACAAAAAUAUUGUUAUCAAAAGAAAUGUUGACGAUCGGAUUUUAAGAGACAUUAUUGAAACUGUAAAAAAGUAUCCAUUCAAAAGAAUAGACAAAGUUACUUUUGGGACAAAAAUAAAUGAGGAUGUAAAAGAUCUUUAUGAAGGUAUUGACACAGAAGAUAUUACCGUUUUGUCUACCACUACUGGAGAAAAGGUGAAGAAGUCAUUUGACAUCGAGAAAACUCGCAGUCAAAUCGAAGUAACACGCUACAUUACUGAAAAUGGUAUUACUAGAAAAGAAACUACUUACGAAGACGCGAAAGAAGACGACAAAAUAAGAACAAAUGUUUAUGUUGACAACAGCUCGUUAGACAUCAGAAACUCGAAGGAUGUCCGCACAACGAAGGAUGUACACGAAUACGAUGUAGUUGAUCACUCCAGUACCGACACGAGGCGUGAAGAUAUCAUCAGCACCGUCUACGAUGAGACUAUCAUCGACGACAGGAAAACUGUGCGAGAUGAUAAAACUACGAUAACGGAGACUGUGUACGUAGAUGACACCAGACCAAGGCCAGGUGGCCCCAAGAAACCAGAGAAGACAUCAAAAGAACAAUGCAUAUGUGAAAUCUGCACUUGCGGGCGCCACCGUUGCACACACAACGAUGCCCAGGAGCCAUUGUUUGAUGUGGAGCACACCACAAGCGUGGUCUCUGCGUAUAAACAAGAUUACGACGAGAAACAUGUCAGCAGAACAAGCGCAGCUUAUCAUGAAGAUAAUUGGUAUCUCGAAGGUGACUUUCAAGAACCUGAAAAACCACGUUGGCAGCCAGUGGAACGACCCAAGCUCACCAAGCCCGAAGAUAAUCUUAAACCAGAAGGUGACUUCGUAAAACGACAACCUGAGGAGUGGCGGCCUGGUGACAGAGCGCCCACUAGACGUCCUGAAGAUAACUUGAAGCCUGAAGGCGAAUUCACCACACCAGAAAAGCAACAGUGGCGCCCAGCAGAGCGGCAAAAACCUAAAAAACCUGAAGACAACUUGCGACCAGAAGGUGAAUUUGCUAAACGAGAGCCUGAAAAAUGGCAGCCUGGAGAUCGCGCCCCAGUACGUCGCCCUGAAGAUAAUUUGAAACCAGAGGGUGAUUUUGAAGACAAAAAACCGCAAGACUGGAAACCUGGCGACCGAGCACCAGUAAAACGCCCCCAGGAUAAUUUAAAACCAGAAGGAGAUUUCGAAAAGAGACGUCCUGAAGAGUGGCAACCUGGAGACAGAGCCCCAGUAAAACGGCCCCAGGAUAACCUAAAACCCGAAGGUGAAUUUGAAAAGCGCAGACCGGAGGAAUGGCGUCCUGGUGACAGAGCCCCAACUCGCCGUCCUGAAGACAAUCUUAAGCCGGAAGGAGAAUUUACAUCCCCAGAAAAACAGCCUUGGCAACCGGCUGAACGUUCUAAACCUAAGAAACCCGAGGAUAAUCUUUACCCGGAGGGAGAUUUUGAAAAGCGUAAACCUGAAGAAUGGCAACCAGGAGACAGAGUUCCAGUAAAACGACCACAAGAUAACUUAAAACCUGAAGGAGACUUCGAGAGACGGAAGCCUGAUGAGUGGCGCCCUGGUGAUAGAGCGCCUACACGCCGUCCUGAGGAUAAUCUCAAGCCGGAGGGGGAAUUCACAUCACCCGAAAAACAACCAUGGCAACCAGCCGAACGUUCCAAGCCUAAGAAACCUGAAGAUAACUUACAUCCCGAGGGAGAUUUCGAAAAACGAAAACCUGAAGAGUGGCGCCCUGGUGACCGAGCACCCACUCACCGCCCUGAAGAUAAUCUUAAGCCUGAAGGUGAAUUUAACACCCCAGAAAAAAUACCUUGGAGGCCCGCAGAAAAAGUAAAACAGAUAAAACCAGAAGAUAAUUUAAAGCCAGAGGGAGAAUUCACAACACCUUUAAAGGAGGCUUGGCAACCAGCUGAGCGUCCGAUGCAAAGGAAACCAGAAGAUAAUCUAAAGCCAGAGGGCGACUUUGACAGAAGAAAACCAGAAAAAUGGACACCAGGUGAGCGAGAACCAAUGCGACGUCCAGAAGAUAAUUUAAAACCAGAAGGUGAGUUUACAACUCCCGUAAAAGAAAAAUGGAUGCCUGCUGAAAGACCCUUACAAAAGAAGCCAGUAGACAAUCUGAAACCUGAAGGUGAAUUUACAACAACAAGAACAAAUACAGAAGAUUAUAAAGUUUUUAUAGGUGAAAGAGCUGAAAUUAUUAAACAUACCGACAAUAUUAUUACAGAAGGCGAUUUUACAGAUACAACAACAACGCGUACUGAAUUUACAAUGAAACCCGUAGAAAAGCCCAAGCAUGUUAGAAGAAAUACAUGGACGAAGAUAGAAGGAGACAUGGUAACAGAAACCACAUCUAAGUCUGAAUAUAUUGACUAUACAGACAUUGUUGAAAGAACUACAUUAGUUACUAAAAGGACUGACAAUCUUAUCCAAGAAGGUGAAAUUGAAUUCAUCACAUCUAAUCAAAAUGAUUAUAUUGAAAAAAAUACCCCAAUAGAACGCCCUCAAAGGCGUCGUACUUGGACAAAAGAAGACAUAGAAAAAUUUUAUUCGACGGAGAGUGCUGAAACUAUUACAACAUCACAAGAAGAAUAUAGAGUCUAUGAUGAAAAACGGACGGAAAGAGCACAAAUUACAAAACCAAGAGAUAAUCUUAAACCUGAAGGGGAUAUGGAAAGACAUAAACCUGAAGAAUGGCGGCCAACAGAAAGACAAACUCCAUUCAAACCAAAAGAUAAUCUUGCACCAGAGGGUGAAUUUGAAACACCUAAAAAAGAUAAGUGGCAACCUGCUGAACGACCGGUACAGAAAAAACCAAAAGACAAUCUCUACCCCGAAGGUGAAUUCCAAAAACCAACUCAUGAAGAAUGGCGGCCAGCUGAGAGAUCAGAGCAGAAAAAGCCAAAAGAUAAUCUUAGACCUGAAGGUGAAUUCGAUAAACCAAAACAUGAUGAAUGGAAACCAGCUGACAGACAAACGCCAAUAAAACCAAAAGAUAAUCUUAAGCCCGAAGGAGAAUUCGUAACUCCGAAACAAGACAAAUGGAGACCAGCAGAAAGAACUGAGGUGAAAAAACCUAAGGAUAACCUAUAUCCUGAAGGAGAAUUUGAACAACCAACUCAUGAAAAGUGGCAGCCGGCAGAAAGACCUGAGCAGAAAAAGCCCAAAGACAAUCUUAAGCCUGAAGGUGAUUUCGAGCAACCAACUCAUGAGGAGUGGCGACCAGCGGAAAGGCCUGAGCAGAAAAAGCCCAAAGACAAUCUUAAACCUGAAGGUGAAUUUGAAAGACCGAAACAUGAUGAAUGGAGACCAGCUGAUAGACAAACUCCAACGAAACCAAAGGACAAUCUCAAGCCAGAGGGAGAAUUUGAGACUCCAAAACAUGAUAAAUGGAGACCAGCAGAAAGACCUGAGCAGAAAAAGCCAAAAGAUAAUCUCAAGCCAGAAGGUGAAUUUGAGAGACCGAAAAAUGAUGAAUGGAGACCAGCUGAUAGACAAACCCCAAUGAAACCAAAAGACAAUCUUAAGCCAGAGGGCGAAUUCGAGACUCCGAAACAAGAUAAAUGGAGACCAGCAGAAAGACCCGAAGCCAGGAAACCAAAAGAUAACCUUUAUCCUGAAGGUGAUUUCGAACAACCAACACAUGAAAAGUGGCGGCCAGCUGAAAGACCUAAGCAGAAAAAGCCAAUGGAUAAUCUUAAGCCAGAAGGUGAAUUUGAGAGACCGAAACAUGAUGAAUGGAGACCAGCUGAUAGACAAACCCCAACGAAACCAAAAGACAAUCUCAAGCCAGAGGGAGAAUUCGAAACUCCGAAACAUGAUACAUGGAAACCAGCAGAAAGACCUGAGCAGAAAAAGCCAAAGGAUAAUCUUAUGCCAGAAGGUGAAUUUGAGAGACCGAAACAUGAUGAAUGGAGACCAGCUGAUAGACAAACCCCAACGAAACCAAAAGACAAUCUCAAGCCAGAGGGAGAAUUUGAGACUCCGAAACAAGAUAAAUGGAGACCAGCAGAAAGACCCGAAGCAAGGAAACCAAAGGAUAACCUUUAUCCUGAAGGUGAUUUCGAACAACCAACACAUGAAAAGUGGCGGCCAGCAGAAAGACCUGAGCAGAAAAAGCCAAAGGAUAAUCUUAUGCCAGAAGGUGAAUUUGAGAGACCGAAACAUGAUGAAUGGAGACCAGCUGAUAGACAAACCCCAACGAAACCAAAAGACAAUCUCAAGCCAGAGGGAGAAUUUGAGACUCCGAAACAAGAUAAAUGGAGACCAGCAGAAAGACCCGAAGCAAGGAAACCAAAGGAUAACCUUUAUCCUGAAGGUGAUUUCGAACAACCAACACAUGAAAAGUGGCGGCCAGCAGAAAGACCUGAGCAGAAAAAGCCCAAAGACAAUCUUAAGCCUGAAGGUGAUUUCGAGCAACCAACUCAUGAGGAGUGGAGACCAGCGGAAAGGCCUGAGCAGAAAAAGCCCAAAGACAACCUUAAGCCUGAAGGUGAAUUUGAGAGACCGAAACAUGAUGAAUGGAGACCAGCUGAUAGACAAACCCCAACAAAACCAAAGGACAAUCUCAAGCCAGAGGGAGACUUCGAGACUCCGAAACAAGAUAAGUGGAGGCCAGCAGAAAGACCCGAAGCCACAAAACCAAAAGAUAACCUUUAUCCUGAAGGUGAUUUCGAACAACCAACACAUGAAAAGUGGCGGCCAGCAGAAAGGCCUGAGCAGAAAAAGCCCAAAGACAAUCUUAAGCCUGAAGGUGAAUUUGAGAGACCGAAACAUGAUGAAUGGAGACCAGCUGAUAGACAAACCCCAACGAAACCAAAGGACAAUCUCAAGCCAGAGGGAGACUUCGAGACUCCGAAACAAGAUAAAUGGAGGCCAGCAGAAAGACCCGAGGCCAGGAAACCAAAAGAUAAUCUUUAUCCUGAAGGUGAUUUUGAACAACCAACUCAUGAAAAGUGGCGGCCAGCGGAAAGGCCUGAGCAGAAAAAGCCCAUAGACAAUCUUAAACCUGAAGGUGAAUUUGACAGACCGAAACAUGAUGAAUGGAGACCAGCUGAUAGACAAACCCCAACAAAACCAAAGGACAAUCUCAAGCCAGAGGGAGACUUCGAGACUCCGAAACAAGAUAAAUGGAGACCAGCAGAAAGACCCGAAGCCAGAAAACCAAAAGAUAACCUUUAUCCUGAAGGUGAUUUCGAACAACCAACACAUGAAAAGUGGCGGCCAGCAGAAAGGCCUGAGCAGAAAAAGCCAAAGGAUAAUCUUAAACAUGAAGGUGAAUUUGAGAGACCGAAACAUGAUGAAUGGAGACCAGCUGAUAGACAAACCCCAACGAAACCAAAGGACAAUCUCAAGCCAGAGGGAGACUUCGAGACUCCGAAACAAGAUAAGUGGAGGCCAGCAGAAAGACCCGAAGCCACAAAACCAAAAGAUAACCUUUAUCCUGAAGGUGAUUUCGAACAACCAACACAUGAAAAGUGGCGGCCAGCAGAAAGGCCUGAGCAGAAAAAGCCCAAAGACAAUCUAAAGCCUGAAGGUGAAUUUGAGAGACCGAAACAUGAUGAAUGGAGACCAGCUGAUAGACAAACCCCAACGAAACCAAAGGACAAUCUCAAGCCAGAGGGAGAAUUCGAGACUCCAAAACAUGAUAAAUGGAGACCAGCAGAAAGACCUGAGCAGAAAAAGCCAAAAGAUAACCUUUAUCCUGAAGGUGAUUUCGAACAACCAACACAUGAAAAGUGGCGGCCAGCAGAAAGACCUGAGCAGAAAAAGCCCAAAGACAAUCUUAAGCCCGAAGGCGAUUUUGAACUACCAACUCAUGAAAAGUGGCGGCCAGCUGAAAGACCUGAGCAGAAAAAGCCAAAGGAUAAUCUGAAGCCUGAAGGUGAAUUUGACAGACCGAAACAUGAUGAAUGGAGACCAGCUGAUAGACAAACCCCAACAAAACCAAAGGACAAUCUCAAGCCAGAGGGAGACUUCGAGACUCCGAAACAUGAUAAAUGGAGACCAGCAGAAAGGCCUGAAGCCAGAAAACCAAAAGAUAACCUUUAUCCUGAAGGUGAUUUCGAACAGCCAACUCACAAAGAGUGGCGGCCAGCUGAAAGACCUGAGCAGAAAAAGCCAAAGGAUAAUCUGAAGCCUGAAGGUGAAUUUGACAGACCGAAACAUGAUGAAUGGAGACCAGCUGAUAGACAAACCCCAACAAAACCAAAGGACAAUCUCAAGCCAGAGGGACAAUUUGAGACUCCGAAACAUGAUAAAUGGAGACCAGCAGAAAGACCCGAAGCCAGAAAACCUAAGGAUAACCUUUAUCCUGAAGGUGAUUUCGAACAACCAACACAUGAAAAGUGGCGGCCAGCAGAAAGACCUGAGCAGAAAAAGCCCAAAGACAAUCUUAAGCAUGAAGGCGAUUUUGAACAACCAACUCAUGAAAAGUGGCGGCCAGCUGAAAGACUUGAGCAGAAAAAGCCAAAGGAUAAUCUGAAGCCUGAAGGUGAAUUUGACAGACCGAAACAUGAUGAAUGGAGACCAGCUGAUAGACAAACCCCAACAAAACCAAAGGACAAUCUCAAGCCAGAGGGAGACUUCGAGACUCCGAAACAUGAUAAAUGGAGACCGGCAGAAAGGCCUGAAGCCAGAAAACCAAAAGAUAACCUUUAUCCUGAAGGUGAUUUCGAACAGCCAACUCACAAAGAGUGGCGGCCAGCUGAAAGACCUGAGCAGAAAAAGCCAAAGGAUAAUCUGAAGCCUGAAGGUGAAUUUGACAGACCGAAACAUGAUGAAUGGAGACCAGCUGAUAGACAAACCCCAACAAAACCAAAGGACAAUCUCAAGCCAGAGGGAGACUUCGAGACUCCGAAACAAGAUAAAUGGAGACCGGCAGAAAGGCCCGAAGCCAGAAAACCAAAAGAUAACCUUUAUCCUGAAGGUGAUUUCGAACAACCAACAUAUGAAAAGUGGGAGCCAGCAGAAAGACCUGAGCAGAAAAAGCCAAAAGAUAAUCUUAAGCCUGAAGGUGAUUUCGAAAAACCAAAACACGAUGAAUGGAGACCGGCGGACAGACAAACACCAAUUAAGCACAAAGAUAACCUCAAACCUGAGGGAGAGUUUGAGAGCCCAAAACAAGAUACAUGGAGGCCAGCAGAUAGACCCGUAGCGAAAAAACCAAAAGACAAUCUUCACCCUGAAGGUGAAUUUGAGCAACCUAAACAUGAUGAAUGGAAACCUGCCGAUAGACAAACACCGAUAAAACCAAAAGAUAACCUGAAGCCAGAGGGAGAAUUUGAGACUCCAAAGCAGGACAAAUGGAGACCAGCAGAAAGACCUGAAAUGAAAAAACCGAAUGAUAAUCUACAUCCUGAAGGUGAAUUUGAAAAACCUAAACAACACGAAUGGAAGCCUGCUGAAAAACAAGCACCUACGAAACCUCAAGACAAUCUUAAACCAGAAGGAGAAUUUGAGCGUCCAGAAAAACCAAAGAAUGUCAUAGUUGGUGAACGGCCAGUUCAAAAGAAACCACAAGAUAACCUUAAACCAGAAGGUGAUAUGGAUAUUAAGCGAAGAACUGACUAUACUGCAACACGAGGUGAACGGGUUGACGUUGUUAAACACGAAGAUCAUCUGAAAAUGGAAGGAGUAAUUGAUAUUCAACGGUCUAGAGAUGAUUAUAAACGCAUUGAAAAGACUGAAAAAAUUGUAAUUCAAAAACACGAAGACAAUUUGCGAACAGAAGGAGAAUUCAUUGACUUACAAAUUCGAAAUGACUAUAGUGCAACGCAAGGAGAUAGAGCACCUGUCGUAAAACCGAAAGACAAUCUUAAACCUGACGGCAAAUUCUACAAACCAGAAGUGGUUCCGUCUCAACCAGCAGAGAGAAGGAAACCUUUUAAACACAUUGAUAAUAUUAAAAUAGAACAUGAUACAAAUUUUCUACAAAAAGUCGAUAGAGUUGAUAUAGUAAGACGAGAAGAUAAUCUAAAAAUUGACGGAGAAUUCAUAGAUAUGAAACAAAGGAAUGAUUAUAAGCUUGUAUCUGGUGAAAGAAGAUCUAUUGUUAAGCAUGAGGAUAAUUUAAAAAUGGAAGGAACUAUGGAAAAUGUUCGUACGUCUGAUACUUAUCGUAUGGUAAAAGGUCAAAGAGUAAAACUAACGCGACGAGAGGACAAUUUAAAAAUAGAAGGAGUUUUUGAAGAUCUUUCUCGAAAAUCUGACUAUACUGUUAAGAAAGGUCAUCAUCCAGCUAUUAUGUACCCUGGUUCUCAAAAACCCGUAGAACCUAAGGAACCUGAUCAUGUUAAUAGAGAUAAAUUUUACCAAAGCUCUCAAAUAACAUCUGAAGAGCACAACAGAUCUCUACAUACAACCGAAAAUAAUUUCACAAAUUAUACACAACAUACACACGGAAGAACUAGUCGAGAACCAUCAAAUGAACCAGUAACCAAGUCUGAUAAACAUGCACAGCAUACAAGACCACAGAAAGGCGAACCAAAAUAUGGAGAUAAUAGUGUUGAUAAAACUCCAAGGCCCAAAUGGGAAAAACCAGAUAGCUUACCUCUAGAUAGUAUCAAUUCUCAAUCGCAAUGGCAACCAGAGGAUAAUUCAACACAAAUUACCGCAAAUAAUAGAACUUCACCAACGAAGGACGGUGUGCGUCCAGAUAAAUCAAUUGGAAACCAAGAAUCAAGUCCUGAAAAAUACCUACCAUCAAGCGUUAAUCAGAGCAUUAAUAUGACACACGUUGAUAAAAAUAUUAAAACUAAUAAUGUUACAAGAAAUGAAACACAUUCAAUGCAUUCGGAAAGAACAUCAAAUACCAGCAUUAAGAAUAAUUCAAAUGUCACUAUUAAUAAAGAAGGCGUAAAUAAUGCCACAAUUUCAAAACAAAUACAUUCAUCAACAAAUAGACAGAGUGCAUUAACAACAGAUAAUCAUCAUACUAAAAUGGGUUCAGCUAACUUUGAUGAUAUUAACAAUCAUAUUGGAACAGCAUCAACAAGUCAAACUUCAGACGAAAAUCUUAAAAAUCUAAAAUCCACCACAUCUACAUCUAGAACUGUUAAUGAUCAAAAACGUCAAAUUACAGAUAGAGGUGACAGUAAGAACACAAACAAAACUAGUUCUGCGAUAACAAAGACAAUGAAACAAGUUACUGAGAAAAAAUUGAUAGGUGGAAAAUGGGUUACUGUGACAAGGAACGUAGAAGUCAAAGAAUCAAAUGAAGUGUGUAGCAAAAAUGUACCUGAUAAUCGUAACGCGACUCAACAAACAUAUUUACGGAAUCAAGAUGACCAAACUAAUGUCAGAAACAAGAAAAGCGAUACCCAAUCAAAAUCAUUUGAUGUUAGUCAGAAAGGCCAUGUAACAGUUAAAGAUGAUAAUACUCAAAGCGAAAAUAAGAGAACAUCUCUCGUAAAUCAAAAUGUAAAUAUCAAUAAUAUUUCCCGGCAUGACUCACAAUUAAGCCAAAAAUAUUCAGAAUCCAACAAGCACACAAAUGUUAUUGUAAAUUCUGAAGUAAUUAAAAAUGAUAAAUCCUUUGUUGACGGUCAAAAUAUAGAUAGACAUCAGCAGUCAUCAACAAAUCGGCUGAAUGAAAUAACAAUAAGUACUUCUGACACUAAAAUUCGAUCAACUAACACUGAUGAGAGAAGCACAAUAUCAUCAAGUCACAUUUCAGAUGAAAAUCUUAAUAACUGUAAGUCAAUCUCAUCAACAUCAAGAGUUGUUAAUGACCAAAAUCGUCAAUAUUCACGCAAAGGUGACAAUAAGAGCACAAAUAAAGCCAGUUCUGCUAUAACAAAGACAAUGAAGCAAGUUACAGAGAAAAAAUUGAUAGGUGGAAAAUGGGUAACCGUUACCAAAAAUGUAGAAGUUGACAUGUCCAAUAAUAAUAUUGCAGAUACUCGUAGUGGACCACAACAGAAAUAUAAACCACAUGAACUUCAAGAGACGAAUGCUAGUCACAACAGUUCUUCAUCAGAUUCGUACAGAGUUAAUCAACGUAAUCACAGUCACAUUGAAGAAAAUAAUGAAAAACAAAAAGAUUCAUUGAAUACAACAUACGUUGUCAAACGAGGCCAAUAUGGUGAAAUUAAGAACAGUCAAAACCAACAUAAUAAUAACAACAUUGAAGCAGACAACUUUAUUUCUGACAGUAAUUCAUCCUCAGUAAAUCGAAUGUCCAGUUCCAACCAACAUUCUAAAUCAACUCACGUGUCAGGAAGCAAUGUUCAACACAAUAGAGUGUCAGCCCAGCAACUUACAUCGAGUACUAGUGGGGAUUUCACAAAAACACUGAAUGUUCAUGAUAAAGAUUUGACAAAAUUGCGAAAUGAUACUCAUGUUAGUGCACAAACCCACUCUCAAAACUACCGAACAUCAAACAUUAUUAACCAAUCAGAUAACACAAAUAUUUCUCGGCAAAGACAUGAGCAGCAUUCUACAAGUACCAACGCCUCCCAUUUCGUGAAUACAACAAAUAGAAGUCAGUUAAGUGACAACGUAACAAAAACAAGUGUAGAAUUUCAAAGAGCUAUGCAUGGUGGUGACAGCGGUCAACCCACAAACGACCCGUCAACGCGAAGCGGAUAUCACAAACGCUCCUCGGAUCUCGUAUCAGACGUCAAUAGCGCCAACUCGGUUCUACACCGAAAGGGAGUCACAUCUAACACAGAAGCUUAUCACUCUACUAGUUCAACAGCAGCAGCACAGAGAAAGAGCAUCACUAACUUAUCAGAACGCGGAGACUACAUAAGUAAUUCUUCCCAGAGCGCUGAUAGAAAGAGUAUAAGUUCGAUGCAUAGAUCUAGUCGGGAUAAUUCAGCCACAAGUUCGCAUCAUUCCCAGCACACUGACUCCGUCGAUUCAAGGCGUCAACAAAGAAGAGAUGGUCAAACAACUCUGAUAGUAGAACGUCAACCGCGUGUCAUUUCGAGAGACAACCUCAGAGUCGGUGGUGAAUUCUAUGGACAUUCAGAAGCACGGUCGUAUGGAAACUUCUCGCGAUCAGAACAGACGCAGAAGAUUGAAAGAUCGGAGCAGAUUAAUAAAGUAGAUCGGCAUGCGUCGUCACGACAUGGUACUACUUCACAUUUCGUGCUCGGAGACGGCAGCGGCACAAGCUACAGACGUGAAUACACGACGCACGUGCAUGGUACCUGCCCGGCCACCCUGCUGGAGUCGCCCCGCACACCCUUCAAGCAUACGAGGGAUUCACGAGAGCAUCAGUUUUACGCAUCUAAGACAACUGAGCGAAAAAUUCAGUGAACAACAUGAAAAUCAUUCCCUUUAUUCUGCUUUUUUUUAUCAGCGUACUAAUCAAGUAUCUGUAUUGUAUAACAUUUUAUAUUCUGAGCCUAAUUUUAAAACAUUAUGCAACUUACAAUAUUGCAAAUAAUCUUUUUUAUUUUUUAUUUAUAUAAAAUUGAUAUAUUUUUAAUUUAUAACAAACUUUGCCAUGUAAUAAAAAAUAUUUAAAUAUAA